AUGAGCAGGAACACUUCGCGCGGCUCCAGCCCUGGAGGUGCUGGCCCUCCAGCAGAAUCACUACUAGAUCUCAAGGAGCAGCCUCAAGGCCGGAAUGCCUUCACUGAACUUAUGGCCCCAAAACCAAAGCAGCAUAACCCACAGCUUCCAAAAAAAGAUCCUAUAUCCACCUCCCACAAAGUCUCAAGCCUCUGCAAAAGCCGCGAUGGUCUGGGUGAAUACAUCGAAAAUCCGUCAUCAUUUCCCCCCACUAGAGUGCUCUAUUAUAACGAUGACUUUGUCGCCAUCCACGAUCUCUACCCCAAAUCCUCCCUUCACCUCCUCCUCCUGCCUUGCGAUCCUACCAAGACACACCUCCAUCCCUUCGACGCCUUCGAAGAUCUGGACUUUUUGCGGAAAGUCCAAAAGGAGACGAAGAAAUUGAAACAGUUUGCGGCUGCAGAGUUACGGAGAAUGUAUAGCACAGUGUCCGCUCAGGAGAGAGCUCGGCAGGAAGCCAUGGAUGCCGACCCGCCGCCGGACGAACUACCCCCCGGCCGUGACUGGGAGAAGGAGAUCAUGUGCGGCAUCCAUGCCCACCCUUCUAUGAAUCAUUUGCAUAUUCAUGUCCUGGCUGUAGAUAGGUUUAGUUCUUGUCUGAAGCACAGGCGCCAUUAUAAUAGCUUUUCGACGCCCUUUUUCAUCGAUGUCCAGGACUUUCCGUUAGCCAAGGAUGAUGUCAGGAGGCAUCCUGGGAAAGAAGGAUAUUUGAGGUGGGAUAUCAAGUGUUGGAGGUGUGGGAGGAUGUUUGGGAACAAGUUUAAGCAGUUAAAAGACCAUUUGGAGGAGGAGUUUUUGGAUUGGAGGACACUCUGA